ACUCCAAAGACGAAAACAACUUGGUGCGAUAGUAUCAACUGAAUGAGUUUCUGUGAGAAAUUCAGGAAUGUGAAAAAAAGCAGAAUGGAUCCAGUUAUGGGUGUGAAUUCUAUCACCAUUGCAGUGGAAGGUAUGACAUGCAAUUCCUGUGUCCAGACCAUUGAGCAACAGAUUAGAAAGGAGAAUGGUGUGCACCAUAUUCAAGUUUCACUGGAAAAAAAAGCUGCAACCAUUAUCUAUGACUCCAAACUCCAGAAUCCAGGCUCACUGCGGGAAGCUAUUGAGGAUAUGGGAUUUGAGGCUUCUCUCCCUGAUCCGACCCCUCAGCCUGUCUUAACGGACACUCUGUCUCUGACUGUUACUUCUUCACUGGCCCCAUCGUGGGACCAGGUCCAGAGCACAUUGCUUAAGGCCAAGGGUGUGACAGACGUUCACAUUUCUCCUCAGCAAAGCACUGUAACAGUGACAAUGAUCCCUUCUGUUGUGAAUGCCAAUCAGAUAAUCCAGCUGGUUCCGGGUGUCAGCUUAGAUACUGGAGCACCAGAAAGGAAGCCAGCUUCUGGUGAAGACGCUAGUGUGGUUCAAGCGAACGGAGUCAUGCUGAAGAUGAAGGUGGAAGGCAUGACAUGCCAUUCAUGCACAAGCACCAUUGAAGGGAAAAUUAGUAAAUUGCAAGGUGUUCAGCGAAUUAAAGUCUCAUUGGAUAAUCAGGAAGCGUCUAUUGUGUAUCAGCCUCACAUUAUUACAGCUGAGGAAAUCAAAAGGCAGAUUGAAGCUGUGGGUUUCCCGGCAUUCAUCAAAAAGCAGCCCAAGUACCUCAAACUGGGAACCAUCGAUGUAGAGCGCCUGAAGAACACACCGGUCAAAUCCAAUGAGGGAUCACAGCAGAAAUGUUCCAAAUCUACUAAGGGCUCAGCUGCCACUUUCAUCAUAGAUGGCAUGCAUUGUCAAUCCUGUGUAGCCAAUAUUGAGAGCCAUUUAGCUACCCUCCCAGCUGUAAACAGCGUGGCAGUUUCUUUAGAGAGCAAAUCUGCUGUGGUGAAGUACAACACCAAAUUAAUCACUCCAGAUGCCCUAAGAAAAGCUAUAGAGGCCAUCUCACCAGGGCAGUAUAAAGUGAGUCUUGCCAGCGAGUGUAACAGCACCCAGAACUCUCCAACAGUCUCUUUUCUCCAGAAGCCACGUAGCAGUGCCACUAGCCAGCCUUUGACUCAAGAAACUGUUAUAAACAUUGAUGGUAUGACUUGUAAUUCUUGUGUGCAGUCAAUAGAAGGUGUCAUAUCGAAGAAAACAGGUGUCAAAGGUAUAUGUGUCUCACUUGCCAAUGGCACUGGGAUUAUUGAAUACGACCCUUUACUGACCUCUCCAGAAGUCCUGAGGGAAGCGAUAGAGGACAUGGGAUUUGAUGCCACCUUAACAGAUUCAGAUAAUGAAACAUGCAGCAAACCAAUGAUGCCAACUCACAAUAAAGAAGAGCCAAAACCUCUGGUCCAUGAUAAGGAGGAGGCAAAGACUCCAGCCAAAUGUUACAUUCAGGUCACUGGCAUGACUUGUGCUUCAUGUGUAGCAAACAUCGAAAGAAACCUACGCCGAGAAGAAGGGAUAUAUUCUGUGCUCGUGGCCCUGAUGGCUGGCAAGGCAGAAGUAAGAUACAAUGCUGCUGUUGUGCAGCCCCCAAUGAUAGCAGAAUUCAUCAGGGAACUUGGAUUUGGAGCUGUGGUCAUGGAAAAUGCUGAUGAAGGGGAUGGGGUUCUGGAACUUAUUGUGAGAGGAAUGACAUGUGCUUCCUGUGUGCAUAAAAUAGAAUCUACCCUUAUGAAAACCAGAGGGAUCUUCUACUGCUCUGUGGCUCUGGCCACCAACAAAGCGCAUAUCAAAUAUGAUCCAGAGAUUAUCGGCCCUAGAGAUAUUAUCAAUACGAUACAAAACUUAGGUUUUGAAGCAUCUUUAGUCAAGAAGGAUCGAUCAGCAAGCCACCUUGACCACAAACGAGAAAUCAAGCAGUGGAAACGAGCCUUCCUGGUGAGUCUGGUUUUCUGUAUUCCGGUGAUGGGGCUGAUGAUUUAUAUGAUGGUUAUGGACCACCGCCUUGCUAGUAUUCACCAGAAUCGCAACCUGAGUGAGGAAGAAAUGGCAAGCUAUCACUCCUCAAUGUUCCUGGAGCACCAGAUCCUGCCAGGGCUGUCUGUCAUGAAUUUGCUGUCCUUUUUAUUGUGCAUACCUGUUCAGUUUUUGGGAGGCUGGCAUUUCUACAUCCAGGCGUACAAAGCCCUGAAACAUAAGACUGCUAACAUGGAUGUGCUCAUUGUGCUGGCGACCACCAUUGCAUUUGCCUACUCUUUGGUGAUCCUCCUGGUUGCAAUGGCUGAGAGAGCAAAAGUGAACCCCAUUACCUUCUUUGACACUCCACCUAUGCUGUUUGUGUUCAUUGCGCUGGGGCGCUGGCUGGAGCACAUAGCAAAGGGGAAAACAUCAGAGGCUCUUGCAAAGCUAAUUUCACUACAAGCUACAGAGGCAACUAUUGUAACUCUAGAUGCAGACAACAUCCUCUUGAGUGAAGAACAAGUGGAUGUGGAACUUGUGCAACGAGGAGACAUCGUUCGAGUGGUUCCAGGGGGCAAAUUCCCAGUGGAUGGUCGGGUUAUUGAAGGUCAUUCGAUGGUAGAUGAGUCCCUCAUCACAGGGGAAGCCAUGCCUGUGACCAAGAAGCCAGGCAGCUCAGUGAUUGCUGGCUCCAUUAACCAGAAUGGGUCACUACUCAUCACAGCAACCCAUGUUGGAGCAGAUACAACCCUCUCUCAAAUUGUCAAGCUCGUGGAGGAAGCACAGACAUCCAAGGCUCCCAUCCAGCAGUUUGCAGACAAACUUAGCGGCUAUUUUGUUCCUUUCAUUGUCAUUGUCUCUGUUGUUACCCUCUUGGCCUGGAUCGUGACUGGAUUUAUUAAUUUUGAAGUCGUGGAAACCUAUUUUCCUGGCUACAACAAGAGCAUCUCCCGGACGGAAGUGAUAAUCCGAUUUGCUUUCCAAGCCUCUAUCACUGUGCUGUGUAUAGCCUGCCCCUGUUCUCUGGGCUUAGCCACUCCCACUGCUGUUAUGGUGGGCACUGGGGUAGGAGCUCAGAAUGGCAUCCUGAUCAAAGGUGGAGAGCCCCUUGAGAUGGCCCACAAGGUAAAGGUGGUGGUGUUUGAUAAGACUGGAACCAUAACCCAUGGAACCCCAGUAGUGAAUCAGCUGAAGCUUUUAGUGGAAAGCAGCAAAAUGUCACGCAACAAGAUCCUGGCUAUUGUGGGCACUGCUGAGAGUAACAGUGAGCACCCACUGGGAGCAGCAGUGACCAAGUACUGCAAGCAGGAGCUGGACACUGAAACUUUGGGUACCUGCACGGAUUUCCAAGUUGUCCCAGGCUGUGGCAUUAGCUGUAAAGUCACCAACAUUGAAGCCCUGCUCCAUAAAAGUGACUGGCAAGUCGAGGAAAAUAAUCUUAAAAAUGCAUCCUUGAUGGAACUUGAUGCAAACGAUGAACAGCCAGGUCAUUCUUCCUUGAUUAUUGAUGCCCAGAUGCCCACUGCUUCGAAUCCUCAGAAGUACGCAGUUCUCAUUGGGAACCGUGAAUGGAUGAACAGAAAUGGUCUUGUCAUUAAGAAUGACGUGGACAAUGCAAUGAUUGAGCAUGAGAGGAAAGGCCGGACAGCUGUGCUAGUGGCCAUCGAUGGUGUGUUGUGUGGGCUCAUAGCCAUUGCUGACACAGUGAAGCCUGAAGCAGAGCUGGCUGUCCACACACUGAAAUCUAUGGGCUUAGAAGUCGUUUUGAUGACUGGAGACAACAGUAAAACUGCUAGGGCUAUUGCCUCCCAGGUGGGCAUUAAGAAAGUUUUUGCUGAAGUCCUUCCUUCUCACAAGGUUGCUAAGGUGAAGCAGCUACAAGAGGAGGGGAAGCGGGUAGCGAUGGUGGGAGAUGGGAUCAAUGACUCCCCAGCGCUGGCUAUGGCUAAUGUUGGAAUUGCCAUCGGCACUGGCACAGAUGUCGCCAUUGAAGCUGCUGACGUGGUUCUAAUAAGGAAUGAUCUACUGGAUGUGGUAGCAAGUAUUGACUUAUCAAGGAAGACUGUCAAAAGAAUUCGAAUCAAUUUUGUUUUCGCUCUGAUUUACAAUCUGCUUGGAAUCCCUAUAGCUGCUGGAGUCUUUAUGCCCAUUGGUUUGGUUUUGCAGCCCUGGAUGGGAUCAGCUGCCAUGGCUGCUUCAUCGGUUUCAGUGGUGCUUUCUUCAUUGUUGCUCAAGCUUUAUAAGAAACCUAUUUAUGAGAAGUGUGAACUGCGGCCUCACUACCAGGUAGGCCGGAAGAGUCCUUCAGAAGUUAGCGUUCACAUCGGCCUUGAUGACACCUCCAGAGACUCUCCCAAGCUAGGUUUGCUGGACCAGAUAGUUAAUUACAGCAGAGCGUCAAUUAACUCCCUGCUCUCAGAUAAGCGGUCCCUGAACAGCAUUGUUCUGAGCGAGCCAGACAAGCACUCACUCCUGGUUGGUGAUUUCCGGGAUGACGAUGACACCUCAUUGUGAAAAAGCCCAGCCACUGCUGCUGGCCAGACCUCACAGUGCACUGAUGAAACUGAGGUUUAGGGAGUAAUCUUAAUGUUGUCAAAAACCAUGUUGCAAGGACUUGGGGUUGGUCUUGUGU